AUGUCUGAACAAUUCAUCACAUUGAGCUACUACCUGGCGCCUGCGCUGAUUGUUUACGCGCUGUACCUGUCAAAACACAAACGCAAGCAGCAGAAAAAUCGCGCUGUGUUCCAAGAGGCCGUUGAAACCGGCAUGACGUCACCGCCUUCACUGCAUCCUGUCGUCGAUAAGGCCCUGUGCAUAGGCUGCGAGGCCUGCGUACAUGCGUGCCCGGAAUUCCCCGCACAUGACGUUCUGGGUGUGAUCAAAGGCAAAGCCAACCUGAUAUCACCCACCGACUGCAUUGGCCAUGGCGCGUGUAAAACCGCCUGCCCCGUCGGUGCAAUAUCGCUGGUGUUCGGCACCAGCGAGCGCGGUGUGGAUAUACCCAACAUUUCACCGGAAUUUGAAACAAACAUUCCCGGCAUCUACAUUGCAGGCGAGCUGGGUGGAAUGGGACUCAUUCGCAACGCCGUGGAACAAGGCCGUCAGGCGCUGGAAUACCUGACCGCACGCAAGCGAAAGCUUGAAGGCGGCCUCGACGUCGCGAUCAUCGGCGCUGGCCCGGCAGGUUUUGCCGCAACCCUGGCCGCCCACGAAAAGGGUUUAAAGUAUGUCACCCUCGAACAGGACGCUUUAGGCGGCACGGUAGCGAACUUUCCCCGCGGCAAGCUGGUCAUGACCGCCCCUGUAGAAUUACCGUUGUAUGGACAAAUGCGCUUCCGGGAGACUCAAAAAGAAGACCUGAUUAAUUUCUGGCACAAAGUUGAAGAGCAGACAGGCAUCAAUAUUCACUAUUCAGAGAAACUGGAAAACAUUGAAACGCUGGACAACGGUUUUCUGGUCACCACCACUAAAAACAGCUACAGAGUAGCCUCGGUUUUACUGGCACUGGGGCGUCGUGGUUCGCCCCGCAAGCUGGACGUACCUGGCGAGGAACUGCCUAAAGUCACCUACAGCAUGAUUGAUCCGGCCGAGUAUGCGGGUAAACGUGUUUGUGUUGUUGGCGGCGGUGACAGCGCCCUUGAGGCCGCUUGCGCGAUAGCAGCAGAACCUGGCAGUCAGGUGCUCUUGUCGUAUCGUUCCGGCGCAUUCUCCCGCGCCAAACGCAAGAAUCGUGAACACGUUGAGCGGCUCGUGAACGACAACACCAUACGUGUUGAACUGAACAGUCAGGUGACUGAGAUAGCACAAGACAACCUUACCUUGAGCUACGAACACGAUGGCAAGGGGGUCACCGAAUCUAUCGGCAAUGAUGCCGUCAUCAUCUGCGUGGGCGGCAUUCUGCCAACGGGUUUCCUGAAAGAAGUUGGCAUUACCGUGGAGACUAAAUUUGGCAGCGGUUCCAUCACGAGGAUUGUCAUGGCGCUGAUCCUGACCUGGGCUUCAGCUGGCCACGCCGAUACGUCUGCAGACGUCAAACAGAUGCUCAGAUUAGGAGACUACGAGCGCGCGGCGCAGAUACUGCAGAAUAACAGCGAAGACCCGCAAAACGUCUAUCAGCUGGCACAGAUCUACCAACAGGAAUUGCUUAGACCACCCGCCAAAGAUUCAGCGUUUCAGCUGUUCAAACAGGCCUCUGAUGCAGACCAUGUGCAAGCCACUUACCAACUUGCAAAGCACUUUGAACGCGGCGACGGCGUACCUCAAGACCUGGCCAGAGCCCGGGCCACCUAUCAAAAGGCAAUGGAUCUGGGUCAUCCAAAAGCCCACCAGGCCAUGUCCCGUAUAGCUGACUCAGUUGCGGCGCCCACUUUAUCCGUAGAUGAUGCCUUGAGUAGUUGCGAUGAAACCGUAAUUACAACUGCGCUCGCAAGCAGCGGCUCGUUUGAGCAGAACUGGCUGUUCCGCGCCAUUGAUUGCAAUGGCAGCACCUCACUCUACACCGCCCUUAUAGAUGCGGGCGCAAACCCGAACGCCCGGGACAAGCACAACAAUCUUGUUUUACAUCGUGCAGUGGCGCGGGAAGCCGUUGCUGCGGCUAUUGUGCUAAAAAAUGCCGGUGCGGAUACAAAACAGAAGAACGACCAGGGCUGGUCUGCCGCCAUGCUGGCCGAGCGCUCCGACAAUCCCAGGUUACGCAAAGCAUUUAACAAUGCUAACAAACAACCUGACACAACCAUCAGCACCGAUUUGUCUGUUGCAAGCCGCGAGGCACGGUUCAAAGGAUGGUCAUCCCUGCACAUUGUUGCGUGGCGGGGUGACAUCAGACUUGCAGAGAAGUUAAUCGCCGACGGCGCUGAUGUUAAACAAGUUGAUACUACUGGCGUUACUGCGCUAACCAGAGCUUUGCAGAAUGGCCAUGCCGAUAUGGCAAGCCUGUUACUGGAAAACGGCGCCGUGUUCUCAGAAGCAGACUUCGAAUUUAUCAGCGCAAUAGAAAAUCCGCGCCUGAUCCGCAGCAUGGCGACCGCUGCAGACGCAACCAGGGCAGCGUUUGUCUGCCACAGCCUCAACCAAGGUGAAAACCAGAUACUGGCUCUGUUACCUGCAGACACCAUUGCCAGUGUGAAUCUAUGUGGUGAUAAACCCGCGCUUGUCUUGGCUGCUCGAAAUGGCGAUAAGCAAACUGUUUCCCAUCUGUUAAACAACAAACCAGACGUUGAAGCCACAGACCCGCUGGGCUGCACCGCACUUUGCUGGGCAGUUAAAGCCGAACAGGAUGGCGUUGUCCCUCUGCUCAUCUCGCAUGGGGCAAGCAAUACACCCGAUCAGCAUGGCGUCACACCGCUGAUGUGGGCUGCUCGAACCGGCAACCUGCAGGCAACCCAGCUGCUGCUGUCACAUGAUCUGGAUGUGAAUCAACAAAGCAGUUCUGGCUCUCACCCAUUGCUGCUGGCGGCGACCGCAGGCCACACUACAAUUGUUGAAUGUCUGCUCGAUCGCGGCGCCGACAUCGACCUGAAAAACUCGCGGGGUGACACAGCUCUGAUCGCUUCAGUACAAGCAGAUCAUUAUGAAACAGCUAAACUUCUCAUUGGCAAAGGUGCAAGCACCCGUGCGAAGAACGCUAUGUUUGUCAGCGCACGCGAAUUACUGGCCACCAGCUUCCCUGCCGAGGCCAAAGUGUUUGUGUUUAUCCGCGAAAAAGGCAAAACCAUGCCGCUCGCGGUAGAACAGUUUGCACCCCAGGAUCUGCCUGUUCAGGUGGGCUUUUCAAAACCUGAAGCGUCGAUCACCACCAUUGAAGCCAUUGCCCGCCUCUCCAUGACCGGCGCCGUCAUGAAACACCCCAAUGACCCGGAAGUGAUCAGUGAACCUCUGAGCACACAAAACUAUGCCCGCACCAUUCGUCUGGUUAUCCCCCAGAACGCGCUGGCGGACGCAGGCCCGAACGACGCUGCGGUGCGAGUGGCGGUAACAAUUCCGCCGCAGGUGCAAACCAGCCCGACCGCAAGAUUGUUUGUGAUUGCCAAGAUGGAAGACGGCUUGAACCCGAUGCCCGUGGCGGUGAAGGCUUACAAUAUUGACGACAUACCGGAAGAAAUUGUGCUCACCGACCGCGAUUCAAUGAUGUCUGUUGCACGUUUAAGCCGCAACAAGGCGGUCCAGGUGACGGUCCGACUGUCUCAAUCAGGGACCACUAAACAACAGGCUGGCGACUGGGAGAGCCAACCACAACUCAUUGCCACUAAAGAUGCCGGAGGCGGAUACUCAGAGAUCUGCACUGAUGCAUCGGCUACCCGGGGCUCCAGCGACAGUACACCCACAAGACAGCUUCCCGCUAAUGGCACAGAUGCCAUAGCCGACGUUGUUGCGAGAACCGGGCCCAUCGUCACCGUCAGAACCGGUGAAAUGGUGACCUUUGAUGGCAGCAAGUCUUAUUCAUCCUCUUCAAACCCGCUGUCUUAUCAGUGGACACUGCUGUCUCAACCAGCCGGCAGCACAGCAGCAUUUCAAGAUGCCAGAGUCGAAAGUCCCAGUUUCAUGGCUGAUGCACAGGGCACCUACGUUGCUGGGCUAGUGGUCAGUGCGGAAGGCAUUAACAGUAGCCGGGCAAUAUCACUUGCGACGGCAAGCACACCCCCAGAACAACCGGGCUUUCACGAUGGACUGUCUGCCGAUUGUGCAAACUGCCACGAAGGCAAUGAGCAAGGUAUUCCAGUAAAACCCGCCAACCACAUUGCGACAACACAGGUAUGUGCAACCUGUCAUGCCGCGACGUCGACCGGAUUUUCAACGCUGCACAAGGUUGAUCACAGCGAAGUGUUUGGCGCAUGCAGCGAAUGCCACAAUGGCACUCUCGCGAUCGGUAAAUCUGAUACACAUAUACCCACCAAUGGUGAAUGUGAUGAUUGCCACACAACCAGCAGUUUCCUGGACAUCGGCGCAAACGGCGGUUUCGAUCACACAGGCAUCACCAGCGGUUGUACGGAUUGUCACAACGGCAGCAUCUCUACAGGCAAAACCCCGACACCCCCUCACCCGGAUACCGGUGCAGAAUGUAUAUCCUGCCAUACCACUGACAGUUUUCUGAAUGCAUACCCCGACCACACCAGCGCUGCCGUGCUGGAUGAGCGAUGUGAUUCCUGCCACGGCAUCUCAGCGACGGGACCGACCAUUGGACAUCCAGAUACAUCUGUUGAUUGUGGCUCUUGCCAUGGGGUUGCCACCUUCAGCCUGAAUGGCGUGUUUAACCACCGAAUCGACCCGGCACUACAAUCCUGCGAUUCGUGCCACACCGACACCAAUUCUAUCAACGCACCCGGCAAAGGCGCCGCUAUACCCAGCCAUAUUGCGACCAGCGAAGACUGCGGCAGUUGCCAUAACACAACCGACUUUGCUGAUGCGUUUGUCGACCAUACCGGGAUUGUCGACAACUGUGCUUCCUGCCACGGCGUCACCGCGAGCGGCAAACCAGCCAACCACAUGCCCACGCUGGAAGAUUGCAGUGCCUGCCACACGCCGGGCACAUUUGCGACAGGCGUGUUUGAUCAUCUGAAUGUGGUCGACACCUGCGAAACCUGCCACAACAACACAAUCACGCUGGGCAAACUGGCUGACCAUCUACCCACCAGUGAAGAUUGCUCCGCCUGCCACACAACGGCCACAUUCACCGGCGCAACGUUCGAUCAUGCCGGCAUAGACACCAGCAACUGUUCUGCCUGCCACGAUGGCAACAUCAGCCUCGGCAAACACACUGACCAUAUUCCUACAUCGCUGGAUUGCUCAGCCUGCCACUCGACCAACAAUUUCACGACCUUUGCGGGCAUUACAUUUGGACAUGAAGGCAUUGACCCAAAUAAUUGCGCAAGCUGCCACAGUAACGGUCUAGCCACGCCAAAGAUCGACAAUCACAUUCCGACCCAGCAGGAUUGCAGCAGCUGCCACGACUCAACCAGUAUGUUUGUGUCAAAUACAUUCCUGGUGACGCAGCACCAGGACAUUACCCGAGGUUGCGAAGGCUGCCACACAGGGCAGUUUUUCCCCGACGACGCCGGCCUGUUUAAAGCAGCAGAUCACCUGCCCACAAGCCAGGACUGUGCCCUAUGCCACACCAAUACAACGUUUACCAAUUCGAUUUUCAGCCACGAGGACAUCUCCGGCAACUGCGCGUCCUGCCACAAUGGCACCAGUAACUUUGUUGCCCUCGGCGCACUGGGCAAAACAUCUACCCCGGUACACAACACCACCACACUGGACUGCUCCGCCUGUCACAACACCACAAAUUUCGCGGAUGCUUUUGUUGAUCACACCAGCCCGGCCGUUUUGUCAGCGACGUGCGAAUCGUGCCAUAACGGCAUAGACGCCACCGGUAAAGACGCCAAAGUUAACCCCGCCCACGUGAUCACGGAUCAGGAUUGCAAUGUUUGCCACACAGCGGGCGGCGCGUUUGCCCCUGCCAUUUUUGAUCACACCGGCAUUAACAACAAUUGCGCUUCAUGCCACAACAAUGUGGACGCCAUCGGCAAGGCCGCAAAAACGAAUCCUGAGCAUAUACCCACGAAUGACGAUUGUUCAGUCUGUCACGUCACGACAUCAUUUGCGCAAGCAAACUUUGACCAUCAGGGCAUUGUUGGGGAUUGUGUCUCCUGCCACAACGGCACCACAGCUAUCGGCAAAAUGAGCAAUCAUGUACCCACCAACGCCGAUUGUGUGGAGUGUCACCAGACCACAGGCUUUGUACCCGCAACGUUUGAUCAUAUCGGCAUCGUAGAUAAUUGUUCAUCCUGUCAUGAUGCAGGUUACGCCACAGCAAAAAGCUCAACGCACCUGGCCACCACUCAGGAUUGCAGCGUCUGCCACACUACCCGUGCCUUCACGCCAGCCAAUUUUGAUCACACCGGCAUCGUCGAUAAUUGUGUCUCCUGCCACAACGGCACAACCGCUAUCGGCACGGAGGCGAAAACCAACCCCGACCAUAUCGCCACUAGUUUAGAUUGUUAUGCCUGCCACACAACGGCUACAUUUGCUGGUGGCUCCUGGACCCACGAUGCAACCAGCGACGGGCGUUGCAGUGACUGCCACAGCGAUGGUGGUGGCGCGACGUUCAAACCGGUUGACCAUCUGCAAACCGACGUGCAGUGUGAUACAUGCCAUGUCACCACAGGCUGGGCGCCUACCAACUUCAGCCAUGAUCCCCAGGGCAACUACCCUGGCGAUCAUCGCCGCGACCCCGGAUGCACAGGCUGUCACGGCCCCAGUGUGAACGCUGUGUUUACGUAUCCGUCAGAGCGAUACGCACCCUUCUGCGCAGGUUGUCAUGAGCGCGACUUCGAACGUAAAGGGGAUCAUAUUGGCGGUGAAAACGGCACCGUCGAGCAGAAUAAAGAUUGCAGCAAUGGCGGACGCGGCUGCCAUAGAGUGUCGGAUCGAAACUUUGACUAG